CGUGUAGUUGAAAUUGGUUUAUAACACCAUAUUUUGAAAUCAGCUUAAACCCGGUCAAACCCGACCUGAACCGGUCAAAACCAGCUUCCAACUGACCAAACCCAAUUGUUUGACUUUCUUUCCAACAAAAACCUGUUUCGGCUUUUGUGGACUCAAACCGAUUUAGAAAAAAAAAAAAAAAAAAAAAGGAGGAAAAAAACCUAUAAAAAGGCUGUCAAUUGGGUUGGACCCUAUCGGGUCGAGGGCCACAGAGAUAUAAAUUAACAGGUAACCCGAAUGCAUGGCAUCUUCUCGCUGAAUAUUCAAAACCCUAGCUACUUCUCUGGCGGAUCAUAAGAAGUAACUGUUUACAUGGACAAACUUCCUGAGUCUCUGCUACUCGAAAUCCUGAGUCGACUCGACAACUCAGCCGACGUUGCUCGCUGCCGAUUCGCUUCCAAGGCUUUCAAUAAUGUCUUUCCAGACCUUCGAUCAAUUAAGCUACUAUGCUCAUGGCGCGGCACUUCAGGCUCUAUUUCCUCGAGUUGUUUCAAGAAGGUUUUUCUGGACUUUAUUUCUAAACUGAGAGUUGUUGAAUCGGUGUGUAUCGGCCUUCAUGACGCCACUGGAGUUGAUCCCGUAGAUGCGGAAUUUUUAAUGGAGUGGCUGCCUAGGGUUUCCCAAACCUUGAAAUCGCUUUCGUUGUCUGAUCUUCCUUUCGCCAAGUAUUGUCAUAAUCUUGCUGAGUUAAAUCUAAGGUCUGCACGGCUGUCUUUGGACCACUUGAAUCCAAUGCCAAUGCUAACUACUUUGACACUUGAAUGCACAAUAUUACAAGACCAUCACCUACACCAGUUGAAUAAGUGUUUCCCUAAUCUUCAACUUCUUAAGUUGGUAGGUAUCACAGGACUUAAAGAUCCUAAGAUCCACCUUCUCCACCUCCAAACCUGCCAUUUGACUCUGUAUAGUGAUCUAUCAUCUUUGACUCUAAUCACCCCCAACCUCAUCACACUCAAAAUUGUACUAUGUGGCUAUCACACUGCAAUUCAUGUUGAAGCUCCCACGUUAUCUCUCUUUCAUCUUAGUGUUGACGGCCAAAAACAUCCUGCCGCUUUCACCGCCAAAAAGUUUGAGAACCUGAAAACACUUUGCUUGGACUCUUUCUACAUUGGCUUCUUACUUUCAGAAUUCCCGACCAUGAAAACAGUAGAAAACUUUGAUACUGGAUUCGAGAAACAUAGCACCAAGAGACGCUAGAGAUUCAAAAUUAACCCUAGGGAAGGUGUUCAGGGUUUUUCCGAACGUGAGUUCUCUACGUAUUAAUUCAGGUGCUUGGUCGGAAUUAGAAGCCUGUUUGGAUCCUCAAGGUUGGGACAUAAUUUUGGAUGGGAGUAAAGGAUUGAAGACAAUCAGUGCAUAUCUGAUGUUAGUUGACCCGUCGUUGACUUUCUCAUAUGUUGCAUGUCUGUUGGACCAAUGCGUGGGCUUGUCAGUGGUCUCGUUGCUUAUCCACUGUGGUGUUGAUGGUACUCAAUGUAAAAGUUUCAUGUCUAAGUGCAUGGCUCGUUGGCCUGGGUUGAAGUGGCGGUGGGGCGUAUGGGGUAAACGCAUGAAAGAUACUUGGAUAACCGAUCUACAGAUAACCGAACACCCCAAAUCAUCUAAGAAGCUCCGGUUGUGAUGAGGUAAGAUCGAUCAUAUGUCAUUUGUAAUCGUUUCUAUUGAUGAAGGUUUUAAUAUUUUUAGUUUAUGUUAUUGGCUACUGUGUUUUUAUGAAAUAUAACCUAUAGAUCUAAAUAUUAGAGUUAUGAUUUGUAUUGCAUUAUUAUUCUCAUCAUUUCAGAACCAGAUUGUGGGAACUUGAGGACUUUUGAAAUGCAUGCCAAAGGGUCGGGUUCAUCGAUUAUUAUUAUUAUUGUCCAGUUUUUAUAAAUUUUUAAUGUGUCUAGUACAAGAUUAUAACGACUGAUAAUAAAAAUAAUUACUAAUUUUUAUAUAUCUUAUUUUUGUCA